AUGGAGGAUCAAACAUGGGAGGCCUACUUCACCGAUACACCUCCUCCUGAACCUAGCCUAACCAAAAUCAUCACAGAUCUACGGAAGAGAGUACUAGUGAGCCCCAUUUUUGUCUGCCUGGUAUGCACCAAAGAGUCCAGCUCCCAGCAGCACAUGGCUGUGCAUUGCAAGAAACAUGUCCAGGCAGGCAUGGCUAAGGGGACUGUUAAGCACAUCAAGUAUUAUCCAGACCACACUACAUGUCAUUUUUUCGGCAUUAAUCCGCAGCCAACGACUCCUCAAGAUUCUGGAUCUGCAAAUCGGGUUAAGCAAGUACCCAUGCCAAGUUACAAAACUGUUCUUUAUUAUGCUGGCGAUGCUUUCGUGUCACACCUAGCAAGUAUGCUUCCUGAGAACCCUAACGGAGUUGGUCCAAUCAUAGCCCCCAUUGGAAACAGGUCCAACAUUGACCUGACACUUCGACUGGGUUCUACUCGUGGUACCAUAGCUGGUGACUCGGAGGGGAUGACAUUCCCGUUACCUGGCUCAUCAAGCAGUGCCAACAACAUUCCCUCUGGUGACGACCCCAAAGGGAAAAAGGUGAUCUCAGGGACACAGAGUUGA